CAUGGUCAAACAUGGCAGCACAGGAAUUCUCUUCAUGCAGGUUUGAAUAAGGGUGUUGAUGACACUGCUUUUCUAUUCAAAGUAUUAAGUAUUAGUUUGUCACAUGAUGAUCACAAGUCAGUAGACCAUAUACCAACAUGUUCUGUAGGCUACAGUGCAAAAUGUUAAUAAUUUACGUAUUUGCACUUGUCAGAAUGUAAACCAUGGCAAUACAGCUACGCAUCAGUUUCGGUUUCUUUUCAUUUAUUUGUAAACUGCAGAAGGCCUAUAUAUAGCCAGGGAGUGAGUACGUGUUGGCUGUGUAGCCUAUUCAGCGUACCCGGACAUUACAAAAACACAACUCGCUGUAUUCAACAAGAUGAGUGCCUCGGUCAAAGCAGAUAUGGAAGUUAAGCUGAAAGCACUUGAGUGUCACUUCACAUGGAGCAUAAGGAAACGUGACAUUAAGGAACUGGACAGCCUCCCUGAAAAACUCCUGGAUCGCAUCAUGAGGUUUACCACGCCGAAAUACCAUGCCACAUAUUUCAACUUACUAGCGUUCCUGAGCCACCUGGAGGAAAAUAAUGUUAGUGCUCUUGAGUAUCUCCACAAGGCUGAGAGUGCAUUGAAGGAUAGACAGGAUGAUACAGAGUUACUGGUGACCUAUGCUAACUUUGCAUGGGUUCACUAUCACUCAGGAAACCUUGAUGAUGUGGAUGCCUACAUUGGAAAGCUGGAAAUCAUCAGUAAGGGAAUUCCAAGUGCCUUAAAUAUUCAAGGCAGCUUACCUUCCGUACAUGGUGAGAAAGGUUGGAGUCUUAUCAGGUUUGGGGGAUUAUUUUACAAGAGGGUAAAAGAGAGCUUCCAGAAAGCUCUUGAGGGGGAACCAGACAAUGCUUCUUUCAAUAUGGGCUAUGCCCUGGUCCUGUACAGGUUGGAGGGCAUGGUCAAGAAUAAGAGAGUGAGUUCAGUGAUGACUGCAGCUGCCAACCAGCUAAGGAAGGCCUUAUCCUUGGAGCCUGAUAACUCUGAACUUAUGAUCCUCCUAGCUCUGAAACUUCAAAAAAAUCAAGAAAACAAAGUGGAGUCCUUGAAACUCACCAAAGAGGCCCUUAGGCUGUCUCCUGACGUGCCUCAUGUACUACGUUAUGUGGCCAAAUAUUUCAGAUAUGAGGGCUCCAUCAAUGAGUGCAUACAGGUUUUGGGGAAAGCUCUGGAACUGUCUCCAAACUCCCACUUCCUCCAUCACCAAAUUGGCCUGUGUCACAAACAGCAGCUCAUCCAGAUGUUCGAGCAGAAGAGGGAAGGGGGAGAGGUGAAAGUGGGCCAGAUAAAAGCAAAAGUGUUGGUCUGCAUCCGUCACUUCGCCAGAGCCGUAGAUCUGAAGCCCUCCAACAUCCUCGCCAGGGUGAACCUGGCUGAGGCCUACGGGAACAACUACCAGCUGGAAGAGGCGAUGAAGAUAUUCACUGUACUUUUAGAGGACAAGUCCCUCAGUGACUCAGACAAGCAGCUCUGCUCCACCGGAUUCGGCACGUUUCUUUACUACAGGAAGAUGGACGAGGAUGGCGCUGUGACAGAGUUCAAAAAUGCCUACCAGAUUCCAAUUGAGAGUUGGUACAGGAAGCAGGCUGUGAAGAGGUUGAAGCAGAUCGCAGAGAGGUGGCAGGCUAACAAAAAGAGAGUUGGCGAGGCCUCUGAGAUUUUGUCGUUCCUCAAACAGGAGAGGUAGUCUGAGGACACAGACAUCCAGACAGAUUCUUUCGGCAAAGGAAUGAAAUUCAAAUGAUAUACGUAGCUGUAACACAAUGCAUGGCUUACAUUGAAACACUGCUCAAAUCCAACUUUAUUUGUCACAUUGCGCCGAAUACAACAAGUGUAGACUUUACCGUGAAGUGCUUAUUUACAAGCCCUUAACCAACAGUGCAUGUUUUUAAUGGUGAAGUUCAAGUUGGCAGUACGCAUCUCUGGCUGUACGCUUCUUUUUAUUUUAUUUAAAAGUUACAAAGAAAAUUUCAGUUCAAAUGUAUUACUUUUGGAAAACAUAUGUUUCUAUGUCGUAAAGAUGUGUCAUGUAGUGUAACAAAGCUCCGUUUUUUUGUACAAUUGUACCAUAUGGUUGUAUGAUAAAUCUUGCAAUAAAAAAAUUACUUUGAAGUGUUAUUCUAAUUUCCA